CCCAUCACAAUUCACAAGCCGCCACAACAAUCAUUGUAGUUGCAGUAGCACCGACCGAUCGAGCUCCCUCCUGGUUAGCUAUAAGCAGCAAGAAGCAGCGCUCGCUCGGUGUGCUCGUGCGACAUGGCCGGCAAGAAGGCGCUGGCGCUGGCGCUCAUGGUCGUCCUCGUCGCGGCGACGGCGCAGGCGGUGUGCGACAUGGACAACGACGACUUCAUGGCGUGCCAGCCGGCGGCGGCGGCGACGACGGACCCGCAGCCGGCGCCGUCGGAGGCGUGCUGCGCGACGCUGGGGAAGGCGGACCUGCGGUGCCUCUGCUCCUACAAGAACUCCCCCUGGCUCAGCCUCUACAACAUCGACCCCAAGCGCGCCAUGGAGCUGCCGGCCAAGUGCGGCCUCACCACGCCGCCCGACUGCUAGAUCCAUCCACCCUCCCAACAUCUGUCCUGUCCUCCUGGUGUCCCGGGGUGGGCCGAUGAUGCAUGCGGUACAAAUGGCAAGAGCCCGGAGGUAUAGUAUACAUGUACCGAGCCGUAUAUGCAUGUGCCCAUCUUGUCGUACGUACUACGUAUCUGUCGGUGUGUGAAAGUGUGUGUUACCAUGUCCCCUCUCGGCAGUGACCGUGUCUGUGUGUAAACAUUGCCACUACUUCAAAUGUGUGCACUUUAUACAUGUGUAUGUGGUUUCCGUAAA